UCAAUCCCCAUACGAAGAUGUUAUUAAAAUCCAAAGUGGCAAAGUGAAGAAAAAAGAAAAAAAAUGAUAGUAUCGGUGGUCUCAAAGAUAAAGACAAAAAUAUUUCUCUUCUUCUUUCUUCUUUACCUUUUGUUAUCUUUCAACAACUUCCACAUCUGUUUCUUCUCUCGGAAGUUCAACGAUCCUUAUUGUAUCACGGCCGGUUCUAAACCUGGUUUUCAAAUAAGUUCUCAACAAAAUGAAUCUUUCACCGGAGAUAGAGUUUCCGGUGAUCACACGAAGAUUCUUCGCAGUGAAGAUAAAAAGGGGCAUGAUGAUGUUCUUGAACAAGAAGACAAACCCAAGAAUAUUGGUCCAGUUCCUGAUCAAGAAGACAAACCCAAGAACAAGGCUGACCUCUAUUCACUCAUUGACGUAAAAGCCGAGGAAGAAUACAGCAAAUACAUCAAACCUAAGAGUGAAGGAGAGAGAUAUGCGUUAAAGGCAGCCGUCAAGUAUCUUAACCUACAAAGAUCAUGGCUAGCUCCGGGAGAUGAAAACAUCAAUAAAACGCGGUCGUGUGAAGGUAAAGGAGUUUAUGUUUAUGAUUUACCGUCGAAAUUCAACAGUGAUUUGUUGGUAGGGUGUAACGAUAUACUUCCAGGGGUUAACUUGUGUAGUUACUUCAAGAACGAAGGCUUUGGAGAAGCUAUUGAGAAUCUUGGCAAAGGUUGGUUUAGAACACACAUGUAUUCUCUUGAGCUUAUCUUACACUCUAGGGUUUUGAAGCAUCCUUGUAGGGUUUUCAACGAAACCCAAGCUAAGCUCUUCUAUGUUCCAUACUAUGGCGGUUACGAUGUAUUGAGAUGGCAUUAUAGGAAUGUUUCUGACGAUGUGAAGGAUCGGUUGGGGAUCGACGUUCUAAAAUGGCUAGAAUCAAAGGAAUCAUGGAGGAGAAACGCCGGUAAAGAUCAUGUGUUUGUUCUAGGAAAAAUUACUUGGGAUUUUAGGAGAUAUAAGGUCCCUUGGGGCUCAAGGUUCCUUGAGCUACAAGAAAUGCAAAACCCUACCAAGCUACUCAUCGAAAGACAACCAUGGCAGGUCAACGACAUCGCCAUUCCUCACCCGACCUAUUUCCAUCCGCAAACAGAUGACGAUAUCACCAGCUGGCAGAUCAAGAUCGCAAGUAAACCUCGCCGGAAUCUAGUAAGCUUCGCAGGAGGUGCAAGACCCGGUAACCCUGAUAACAUCCGAUCAACUCUAAUCGAGCAAUGCGUGUCUUCAAGUUCCAACCAAUGUCGGUUCUUGAACUGUACAAACCGAGGCUGCAUGAAUCCGAAGAAUGUUCUUGAUUUGUUUCAAGAUUCAGAGUUUUGUCUGCAGCCGCCUGGAGAUAGCGCAACUAGGAGAUCUGUGUUCGACUCACUAAUCUGCGGUUGCAUUCCAGUGGUUUUUACUCCGUACACGGCUUAUUACCAGUACGCGUGGCAUCUUCCUGAGGAUCAUCGGAGAUACUCAGUGUAUAUAAGAGAACAAGAUGUGAAGGAAACGAGAGUAAAUGUGGUGGAGAUACUGAAGGCAAAGACUCUAAGCGAGAAAGAGGAAAUGAGAAGCUACAUUAUUCAUCAGCUUUUGCCUGGUUUGGUCUAUGGAGACUCCAACGCUAAGUUUAAAAAGUUCCGAGAUGCUUUUGAUAUUACUUUUGAUAGUUUACUUGAAAAAAUCAAACAAUCAGAAUAAAUGUGUGCAUAAUACAUACAAUUGAAUAAGCAAUGGUGAAUCGUUUGAUCAUCAUCUGAUCUGAAACCAUAUAUCUUUUAUUCACAUCUUCUAUAUUGAAGUUCAUCCA